UAAACAAAAUUGAUUUGAACGAAAGGAAACCCUAAUUUGGAGAGCUGAUCAAAGGGGGGGUCCCGAUUUGUAAAGAAAUCCAAGGAAUUGAACCCAAGAUACGAAAAAGCUAACAUCCAAUUUGAAAAUUCCUCAGUUCUUAGUCAAAAUCAUUCUCGUCGUUACUGAGGUUAAUGAGAUUCAUCUGGCAGAAAGGGUAAAAUCGAAUUCCAUUCACAUUUGAACGAUCCGACACGACAUCUCUUCUCGUCGUCAAUUCCAUAUUCAUUCGAGUUUUUAUUUAUGAUAAUAUAUAUAAAUACUUUCGAAUGUGAUUCCCCGAGAUUGAGAGUAGAGCGAAGGCGUUUUUGCAGUUUGCAGUAAUCUGCGCCUCGGAAACGCAAAAAUUCUUGCAGGAGGAUCCAAAUCUCGACUCUGCGGGAUGGGUGAGAAGGCCCGGCCCGGCCCGCAUGUCUGGUUCUGAAUAGGGGAAAGUGGAUUCGAUUCGCUUUUUAGCUUUUUAGGGUGUUUUUAAAAAUGGAGAUUCGGAAGAGGGAAACUGAUUGUAGCAGCAGCAGCAGAGCGAGCUGUGCGAACUCUUUGUGUUCUUCACUCCAAUUGAGUUCUUCUAAUGGUGAAUUGGAUUUGGAGCUAACGAAGAAGAAGAGUAGUUCAGAAGUGUUAUUAUUGGAGUCGGAGAUGAUGAAGGAGAGGUUUGCGAAGCUGUUGCUGGGCGAGGACAUGUCAGGAGGUGCCAAGGGAGUCUCCUCAGCCCUAACCAUUUCCAACGCCAUAACCAAUCUCUGUGCAUCUGUGUUCGGGCAAAUGUGGAGAUUGGAGCCAUUGCCAUCGGAGAAGAAAGAAAUGUGGCGAAGGGAGAUGGAUUGGCUUCUCUGCGUUAGCGAUCAUAUCGUCGAGAUGAUACCUUCGUGGCAGACAUUCCCUAACGGCCAUAAACUCGAGGUAAUGACAUGCCAGCCUCGAUCCGAUCUGAGGAUCAACCUCCCUGCACUUGCAAAGCUCGACAACAUGCUACUUGAAAUCUUAGAUAGUUUUAGUACAGACACAGAUUUUUGGUACGUCGAUCAAGGGAUAGGAACCCCGGAAGCCGACAAGCGACAAACGGACAAAUGGUGGCUUCCUGUGCCACGUGUACCUCCGGGAGGCCUUCCCGACGGCGAAAGAAAGAAACUGCGACAGAAGCGCGAAUGCGCCAACCAGAUUCUUAAAGCUGCUACGGCGAUCAACACCAUUGCUAUAGGCGAGAUGGAAGUUCCCGCGUCGUACAUGGAAACUCUGCCUAAGAAUGGCCGAGCUUGUCUUGGGGAUGUUAUCUAUCGUUACGUCACGUCAGAUCAGUUCUCGCCGGAGUGUCUGCUUGACUGCCUCGACCUGUCGUCAGAACACGCUGCUUUGGAAAUAGCGAAUCGGGUGGAGUCUGCGAUCUACGUGUGGCGGGGAAAUAUUCGUCACCGCGAUCAUCAUCAUCAUCAUCAGUCGUUGUCGCAUCUGAGCCAUUCCUCGAAAUUGUCGUGGGAAAUGGUAAGAGAUCUCAUGUUACACGCGGACAGGCGCGAAUUGCUCGCUGAACGAGCCGACUCCCUUUUACUCUCCUUAAAACUCCGCUUCCCGGGGCUCCCUCAGACAACUCUCGACACCACAAAAAUACACUGCAACAAGGAUGUCGGGAAAUCGAUUCUGGAGAGCUACUCGCGGGUUUUGGAGAGCCUGGCGUUCAACAUAGCCGCAAGAAUCGAGGAUCUACUGUACGUUGACGAAAUCACGAAGCAAUCUUCGUCGUCGUCGGUUGGUCUAGCUUCGACGAACAAGAAGGUUCCGGUUCCGUACACGGUGCCUGCCUCAGGCACUCCCUACCGAUCGGGUUACACUACGCCAAGCUUUUCUCCGGCGAGAGGCGAGAAGAGGACGCCGGGUCUGAGCGGGAACUGCAACAAGUCGGGACGUCGGGGAUUGGGAGUCAGACGGGUCUUGUCGAAUUACCUCGGCGGCGGCGGCGGAGGCGAUGCUGCCAAGGUGAAGAACUGGGAACAUCCCGAUCCCGUUGACGAUACCGACUCCGGCUCCGGCGCCGGCGCGGGUUCGACGGAGAGUGUAAAAGAUAAGAAUGAUCUUGCGACGGUGAUGAGCCGGGGGGAUAAGAAAUAGAGAUGUAGUCUGUAGUUAAGUUAAAUUUGGAAGAGGUUAGAAAUGUGAUGUAGUAAUUUUCUUUAUUUAAGUUUUUGUUGUAUGUAUCUAUGUAUGCAUUUUUGGUGAUUAAUAUGAAAUUUGGAGUGUAGGUUGCAGAUCUGAAAC